GGCCAUAACAACCACCCAAGAAGGCGUUGAGCUACUACGAAGGAAAUACGGGGCCAAAACUGAGAACAAAACCAUCCAAGAUUAAUUCUUAGUUGCAGCUAACGUCGGCAAUUCACCCGAAAGUCAUUGCAAGUGGAACCUGAGUGAUCAUUGGAGAUUAAAUGCAGACGCUGACGUCGAAUCGUGCGUAAACGAGCGGAGUUGGAAAAAGAAGGUGUUGAGCUGCAUUUUUUCUCUCACCCCCUCUGCCAGGGACAACUUGGGUCGGAGUGCUGCUUUUUUUUUGUUCUUUUGUCAGAGGCGAGACGAAGAUAAAGAUAGCAGACAAACGACUACCAUCCACUCCGACAUGGCAGGUGGGGCCUGGGGCUCUGGGACCUCUUCAGAGGAUCUGUGGCGGACAUGCGACUGAGGACUGAAGGGAGUGCCAUCGCCUGAGCAGAAUGACUCGGCAAGAGGGGGGACCCCCACGUAGCAAGUGAAGAGACGUGAGGAUGGGUGCCAAUGGAUCCAGCUAUCCACACUCAUGCUCCUCGCGCAUGGGAGCCAAUGCACAGACGCAGCAGACCUUUAUUGGGACCUCGUCCUACUCGCAGCAAGGAUACGCCUGGGAGUCUAAGCUUUACAGCCUGGAGCAUGGCCACGAGCGGCCAACCGACAGGAAGAAGAAAAGCCUUGGCCUGGCUACCCUCAAACGGCGGUUCAUCAAACGAAGAAAGUCCAGUCGCUCGGCGGAUCACGCCCGGCAGAUGCGGGAGCUGCUGUCCGGCUGGGAUGUCCGAGACACUAAUGCCCUGGUGGAGGAAUAUGAGGGAACAGCGGCACUCAAGGAGCUGAGCUUCCAGGCCAGCCUCGCACGAGCUGAGGCCCCCAGCUUGCCUCGGGAUCUGGCUGCCCUUUAUCAGCAUAAGUACUGCACUGACGUGGACCUCAUCUUCCAAGGAACUUGCUUCCCAGCGCACCGGGCCAUCCUUGCUGCUCGCUGCCCAUUCUUCAAGACUCGGCUGUCCUCUUCCCCUGGCUAUGGAGUGGAGGUCCACAUGGACAUUGAGACAGCAGGCAUCGAUGUGCCCAUGUUCUCUGCGCUACUGCAGUACUUGUACACCGGAGAAUUCGGAGUGAGCAGCGCAGAGGAUUCCAGACUCCAGAAUGUGGACGUGCUGGUGCAGCUCAGUCAGGAGUUUGGUACGCCCAACUCCCUGGAAGCAGAUAUGAAGGGCUUGUUUGACUAUAUGUGCUACUAUGAUGCCCUGCUGAGUUUCUCUUCAGACUUUGAAAUGGUCGAGAGUUUCAAUGAGCGAGGUGCUGGAGUGCCAGCUGCCAUCUCAGGAGGCGGUGGAGGUCCAGGCACCCCAGAUGAGGACCUUCGAGCUCAUAAGGCUAUCCUCUCUGCACGCUCCCCUUUCUUUAGAAACCUUUUGCAGAGGCGCAUUCGUACUGGAGAGGAAAUGACUGAGCGCACGCUGCAGACUCCGACCCGUAUUGUGCUGGAUGAGUCGAUCAUCCCACGCAAAUAUGUGCAGGUGAUUCUCCACUGCAUGUACACAGAUGUGGUGGAGCUGGGACUGGUUCUACGUGGUAGCCACUCUGCGGGCAGCCUCGGAGAGGUACAAGCCUUGGUUUCAGGGGGCCGGGGGGCCAGCACGCGCACAGAGGAGGCCAUGGAGCUCUACCAUAUCGCUUUAUUCUUGGAGUUCAGCAUGCUGGCACAGGGCUGUGAGGACAUUAUUAUAGAAAGCUUGUCUCUCGACUCGCUCGUGCCCAUCCUCAAGUGGAGCUCGCAACCCUAUGGGUCCAAGUGGGUACACAGGCAGGCCAUGCACUUCCUCUGCGAGGAGUUCUGUCAGGUUGUCACCUCAGAUGUUCUCUAUGAGCUCGGCAAGGAGCACCUUCUCAGCGCAAUCCAGUCAGACUACCUACAGGCCAGUGAGCAGGACAUUCUCAAGUAUGUUGUUAAGUGGGGCGAGCAGCAGCUUAUUAAGAGGAUGGCAGACAGGGAGCCAAAUCUGUUGAGCGGCACAGCCCACAGCGUCAACAAGCGAGGAGUAAAGAGAAGAGACCUGGAUGUGGAAGAGCUGAAGGACAUCCUGUCCCCCCUCCUGCCCUUCAUUCGAACCGAGCACAUUUUGCCUCCACACAGUGACAUCCUCUCUGAUGCGCUCAAAAGAGGUUUGAUAAGCACCCCUCCGUCAGACAUGCUGCCAAUGGCCGAGGGUGGGAAAGCCAAUGCUUGGUUGAGGCAGAAGAACGCUGGCAUCUAUGUGCGUCCUCGCCUCUUCUCUCCUUAUGUAGAAGAGACAAAGUCAGUGCUGGAUGAAAUGAUGGUGGAGCAGACUGAUCUAGUGCGUCUACGACUCGUGCGCAUGUCCAACGUCCCAGACACCCUCUACAUGGUCAACAACGCCGUGCCGCAGUGCUGUCACAUGGUUAACCAUCAGCAGAUGACCGUUAACUCAGUCACUGCUCCAUCAGUUGUAGCCAAUGAAAUCCCAGUGCCGCAGCUCUCGGUGGUGAAGGAGAUGAUCCGGAGGCUACAGGAACUGAGACACACAGAGCAAGUGCAGCGAGCGUACGCCCUCAACUGCGGAGAGGGCGCCACAGUCAGCUACGAGCUUCAGUUGCGAGUGCUUCGGGAGUUCGGUCUGGCUGACGGAGCCACCGAACUUCUACAGAACCCGUCCAAGUUCUUUCCUGACGAACGGUUCGGAGACGAGAGUCCGAUUCUGGCUCUGCGCCAGGUGGGUCGAUGUCGUGUAAACAGCAGCCCAGCCAUGGAUAGCAUGUUCACAGAGCUGGAAGGCGUAGCUGGCUUCCACCUGCCGCUACCUCCCCCGCCUCCCCCGUACCACCCCCCUGCUAUGCCCAGCCAUGCUCAGCUCAAAGGCGCCUGGCGUCCCCGUGUUCCCAUCCCAACCCCGACCCGUUCCUUCUCCUACCCCUGCAACCGCACCCUGAGCCAGCGCCAUGCAGCGGCCAAAAAUGGCGGCUCGGACUUCUCCUCUGUGCCCAGACCCCAGGCCCCAGACUGCACUGAACCACAAGCUAUGGGCCGAACCUUGCUUUCUGAACAGCAAGCGAUGGGCAUGGAGCCUGUUAUGAGGGAGUUCAUGCCCGACAUCGCGCUGGGCAUCUCGGUCAUGUCGCUGAGGGAGCUUGAGCGUGAAAGCCCUCUCAGCCCCAUGGGUCCGCCAGGCCAUCAUCUGCCCCAGGGGCCCUGCCCUUCCAUCCGCCACAGCCACGGCCCUGGACACGGACACUCCUGCAAGAGACAUGCUCCCGAACCCAAGCCGGAGGUCCAAGCAGAGUUCCCCGACCUGUACGACUUCUCCCGUCGACCUUCUUCUCCGGCCUCCGUGCACCCUCUUUCCACAUUUGCGGGACCAGACCUCUACAGCCACAACUGCACCCCCUCCGGAACCUUUACAACCACCUACAUCACUGACUCUCAGUCCCAGGGCCACGUACAGGGACGGACUGGUCCAGACCCGCUACGGUUGGAUGUCCUCGGUAUGACCUCUCAGAGGCAUGACGCAGUUAGUCCCUCGGGGCCACAGCCCAGGGUGGGACAUGCGCAGAGGGCCCGCUCAAAUGAGACGGACCUGACUCACGGCCUAGGCCACCUGCGCUCUCCCAGCGGAAACAUGGACUGCUAUGAGGACAGAAUGGCUGGACCUAGAGAUGCCCCAGAGGAGAUGGUUGUUGCUGGAGAGUCCUCUGGCCCGGGGGCCCUUCAGCAACCUCACAGGAACAGUGUCAGUGAGGACAUUGCCAGAGACCGCAGGUCACCCAGUAAGCCUGACUACCCAUACAAAAAAUCUGCACUUUAACCCCAGCAAUUGAGUUAAGAAAAGGGAAUGACUGACAGCCCAUUGUAUUGAAUGGUCAAGCACUAAAUGUGUGUGUGUGCGGGGCGUGCGUGCGUGUUCAACGGAAGCAUGAGGAGAGGUGAUUGCUACUUAGAGACUGUCCUUUUUGUCCUACCUCUGCCACUUGACUCCAUCCGUCACAGUCAGAGCCAAAGGGCAAAUGUGCAUCACCUCAAGGUCACCAGUUGGGAUGGGUCCGCAUGCUGAUUUGUUGCUUGAGUCAGUACCUUGCCAAUCGUGCGGGUCACAACACUUAAUGUAGCUCAGUUGUCAAGUGGUAGUCAAACAAACACUCCAUUCAUGUGGAUGACCGUCAGAUGGCAGGAUAAGAUUGUCCAUUUACAAAAGGCCACACAGUUGGAGGAGAGCAUUGUGAUAAAAAUCAUAUGUAAAUGUCCCCUUGUCUUCUUCCGUUGUUUUUCUGUAGCAUCCCAUGCGACUAGUUUCCACUGUGCUGGUUCUGGCUCAGACACAAAGCUGAAAUUGGAUCUGACGCGAAGUAGCUCAUGGGAGCUUAUCUUUCUCAGUCUCCGAUAACUGCCAUGUCCAAACUAUCACAGCGACACGCUCGCAGGCUUUCCCAGUAGUUUGGCGGUUUGAGCAGGUUCAUUGCUUGUAAAGACAAUUCAUGUUGUCUUUUUUAGAAUUAUACUAUUUUAGUUUUUUUUUUUAAGUGACAGUGUAGAAAGAUUCAAACCUUUCUGCGCUUUCCAUUUUUCUAUAACACUUAUCCUCACUAGGGUUGCAGGUGAGCUGGAACCUAUCCCAUCUGACUUUGGGUAAGAGGCGAGGUACACCCUGGACUGCUUGCCAGCCAAUCACACUCAUAGACAACCAUUCACACUCACGAUCACACCAAUUUAGUCUUCAAUUAACCCAAGAAGCAUGGUUUUAGAAUUUGAACGCUAGCCGGAAUACCUGCAGAAACCCCACGCAAGCAUGGGGAAAACAAGCAAAGCUGCACAGGAAGGCCGGAGCCCAGAUUCGAUCCCCCAGCCUCAGCUGUCAGAACGAACGAAACCUAAAUAGUAUAUGUUUAUUGCUGACCUGUAGCAGUGGGUGCCACGCACUAUCAAAUUAGGUUGGGGUGAUUGGUUGAUGCUGCUGAGCACGCGCGUCUGCCUGCAGCUUUACGCACGCACACUUGCACACAGUGUAGUGACAAUCUCAGUACUGUACUCUCACAUUUUCAGCCUGGUCUGUUUGUACAUAUCAGAAGGAGCACCGUGGUUCGUGUUCUCGAAGCUAAUAGCAUCAAGUAAUCAAAUAAAGCCUUAAGCAGUACGCAAAAUAUUACAUUUCAGCUACCUUUAAACUCUCUUCUCUAUGAUGUCAUUCAAACCACUGGCUAAUUCACCUAAUAGUGUUUCCUAACCUUCAUUAAGCACAUACUGUAUUUUACAUUAGAAAACUUUCACAGCAAUGACAAAUUGACUUACUGCAUGUGAAAUCUGGGGCUGCUUAGUUGAACACGGUUAUUUUGUUGUAUGAAUGGCAGCAGGCGGAUACACAGGUUAAUUGUACCUUCUGCCAUCUAAUGGAAAAGCGUUUAAUUGUUCUGCCUGUCACUAUAUGUUGCCAGCAUAGAUAGAUGAACAAAGAUACAUAAUUUGCAAUAAAUCAUUUUUGGUGCAAUUAAGUGAAAUUGGAUAAAGUGCAUUAGUGGGUUGGGAAUCACUGAACUAAUUGACUGUUGUGUUCAGUAUGGAAGGACAUCCAUCCAGCCGCCGUCUUGACCCCCUCCCCCCCUGGCGUUCAUACUGUUCAAUAUACUGUUGUGGCCAAAGCGCCGUGGCAGCAUGUAGCUCCAAAAACCAUGCAAGUCCACGACUGAAGCUCACAUGCCAGCAUGAGUGUCAUUAUUUGAGGGAAGAAGGAACAACUAGGAACAAACGGAAUCUAUCAAUGUGAAGGAAGGUUGCUGGCUCAUAUGACUCUAGUGGGGGAAAAAAUGUGCAUAACCAAUCAAGCUCCACUUAUUUUUUUCUUUGUUUGUAUUACAUUUUAGUGGUCGUUGUUUAUGCGUGUCCUGUCAUGAAAUCUCACUGCAAAUGCACUCUAAAGAUUGUCUCGGAAUUAUUUUCUUCGUACAUGUUCUGCAUUUGGGACAAUUUGCUCACUAUCGUAGGUGGUGUGGAUUGUGGUGUUUUGUAAAUGUUGUUUUUUUUUUUUCUUCCUAUUUUCUUUAUGAGAGAAUCUGAAGAUUGCCAAUGCAGAAUAAAUUGUCCCAUCUUAAUUUGCAUCAACAGGAAAAAAUGCUUCAGAUUCCUCAUGUUCAUGCUGCAUAGUUGUUGAAUGUGGUUGUUUUGCUCUUUGCUGUUGAGGUCAGUGCCUUCCGUGCCUGCAGCUGGGAUUUUAUGGAGAUCUUGUCUAUGCAAGCUCUUUUCUACCAGCUAACCAGCCUGCAUCAGAUAGUUGUAGCUCCCUUUUGCGUACAUGUUAGCACCUUUUUUAAUUUUAAUCAUCCGAAAUGUUAUGUUGGAUUCUCACAGGUACAUUGUACUUGUACAGCAUCUUAGAAAUCAAUGUUUGUAGACUGAUUGUUGCAUUUAGUUUCACUGAAUCUAUUUUUCUACUGGUGCCUCAAAAGGUGCGCAGCAGUGGUCCUCAAAAAUAAACUGGUUUGAUAUUAUGAAAUUACCUUGAUGUCACGUUUUGUCAAUGAA